AUUAAAGAAAUAGAAGAAGACGCUCAGCUUGACUUCAUACCGACAGAAAAGAAACUGAAAUGUUUUGUAAAUAUUAAAAACGUAUUCAAACUACGUUUUUAUCACCGGAUCCUGUGCGCUGUUUAGUCUAUAUCGGUACCGCUGAAGGCUGAAUCAAACUCUCCAUUUUAACGGGUUUCUGUUCCGAUUAGCAUUGGUUUAUUAGCAUUUAGCUAACCGGACAUCAGCAGAACACAACAGUCCCGCGAGACCAGCGCCGCAUACCUGCUGACCGUUACCGGUUCCGGUGAUCCCGUUCAGCCCCGCUGUCUUCCUCCUGCCACCGGGAGCUUCAUGUUCAACCGCCUCCCCGCCUCUCUCUCGCUGUUCCCCCGCCUCCUGCUCUCGUCCUCACCGAGGACUCUGAUCGGAGCCUGCCGUCUCCUGGGCAGGAUGGAGGCGGCCGUGGUGAGGUGCCUCCCCGGGGAGCCCAAGCUCACCAUCUCCUUCUGCCUCGACGGCAGCCACAAGCACAUGCUGCGGGACCAGGGCGAGGCGGUGGGGAAGGUGUUGGCCCGGAUCUCAAACAGCAUCGCCAAGAGUCAAGGAAAGGCGAAGAAGUCGAAGAAGAACAGGGGCCAGCAGCCGGGAGAAGCCGCGGAGCCCACCGUGGUGAAGCUCUUCUACGACGGGGACGAGGUGCCCGACACGGCGCUGAACUCGGAGGCGUGGCGGGACGGAUCCGUGCUGCAGGUGGGAGACGUCCGGUACUCGGUGCAGAGGAACGCUCCCACUUUCACCACCGCGGAGCUGCCGGUGUCGCUGCUGGCCGGUUUCCCCGUCUGCCCCAAGCUGGAGGUGGAGUUUGGGAACCUCCAGGACUGCGAGUUCACGUGGUUGAAAGAAAACAUCCCAGAUUCAAGGCCUGAAGCUGGUCAGGAUGGUGGCUGGACGCAGGUCGGACGUGAACGUGUGCACGUACCGUCCAAUCAGGACAUCGGCUGCAGAUUCAAACUGAUCUGUACACCCAAAGAUGGAAGUCGCAGCGGCCCGGCAAAGGAGCUGGUCUCAGUAGGAGCCGUGGAGGCUGGACCAGGCGUGUGCACGUUUGACAACCGUCACGCCUACACCGUGAGAGGGGCAGAGUGGCCGGCUGUCAGGGUGGUGUCGUACAACAUCCUGGCUGACGUCUACGCCCAGACGGACCUGUCUAAGACGGUGCUGUAUCCCUACUGCGCCCCCUACGCCCUGCAGCUGGACUACAGGCAGAACCUGAUCAAGAAGGAGCUGGCCGGGUACAACGCCGACAUCAUCUGUCUGCAGGAGGUCGACAAAGGUGUGUUCGUGGACAGCCUGGUUCCGGCUCUGGAUGCCUUCGGGCUGGACGGUGUUUUUAGGAUAAAAGAGAAGCAGCAUGAAGGGCUGGCCACUUUCUACCGCAGGUCAAAGUUUCGGCUGCUGAGCCGUCAUGACGUCAUGCUGAGUGAGGCGUUGACCUCUGACCCCAUCCACUCUGAUCUGCUGGAGAAGCUUUCUGCUAACAGCGUCCUGAAGGACAGGAUCCUGCAGAGGUCCACCUCGCUGCAGGUCAGUGUGCUUGAGGAUGUCAGUAAACCAGGCAGGAAGGUGUGUGUGGCCAACACUCACCUGUACUGGCACCCCAAAGGGGGGAACGUUCGCUUGGUCCAGAUGGGCGUGACUCUGCAGCACCUGAGGCGUGUGAUCAGCGAGGUCGCACCUGAAGCCCCGCUGCUCUUCUGUGGCGACUUUAACUCCACCCCAAACUCAGGUGUGUUCCAGCUGCUCAGUGAGGCUGUGGUUCCUCAGCAUCAUGCAGACUGGAGCAGCUCAGGGCUGGAGGAGGCCUGCAGCAUGGAGCUGCUGUCUGCCUUCCCCCCUCUGCUGAGCGCCUGCGGUCAGCCGGCCUACACCAACUACGUGGGAGGAUUCCACGGCUGCCUGGACUACGUCUUCGUACAGCCGGACAGCAUGCAGGUGGAGCAGGUGAUUCCUCUGCCCAGCCACCAGGAGGUGACCACCUACGAGGCUCUGCCCAGCGUGGCCCACCCCUCCGACCACAUCGCCCUGGUCUGUGACCUGCGCUGGAACUUCUGACCUCCAGACCGGAAGCUGCUGAAGAACCAGCCUCCACACGCUGUCAGUCAACAGUCAACAGAACUGUCUUCAAUACAGCAUCAUAAAUUGUUAUGGUUAAGUUUGUAUUGCAUUAUUUACAGUCCUCAUUAGACAAUAAUGAAUUUUCAUCACUGAUAUUCAGUGUUGAGGUGUAAAAGACAAUUAAUUGCAUGAUUCUUGUUUUUUUUAAGGAGAAUCUAAGUAAUGAUUCUUCCUUUUAAUCAGCUGUUGUCAAAGACUUAAUGGCUUUAAUUCUGCUGUGAUAUGGUUAAUGAAUAAAUAAUAACAUUUUAUUAUAAGUAUUUAUAAUGUGACCGGUUAGUUUUUAAUAAAGCUUCACUUGACAACAUGAA